GAAAGAACAGGUCUAGGCAUCGUAACCUUGGGAUUGCAGCUACACCCAGCUCCCGGGACUAUUGAAAAAAAAAUUGAACCACGCCUCUCCUCCUGAGUUUCUGAAGGUAUUUAUAUCUAUAUAAGUUUCAGGCUACAACACAUCAAGAGAAAGGGCGUCCCGUGCACUCAAACAGCUUUAGAGCUUUUCUUUACGGUGGAACCUUUGCUGUGCUGUGUAGUACGUGUCCUGAUCUGCACCCCCAGCCCAGCCGUGUUCUGAUUGCAAUAGCAGGGAACACAGGUGGCCGCAUUCCUUGCUAAGCGCUUGCAUUUCUAGGACGUCUAGUUCUUUCAGCGCUUCGGUGCCUGGUGCCUUUUUAGGCCCUCGAGGACCAUGAGCUCAAUAGCCCUCUUCCUGCAGCAGAAAACGCACCGGCCCAGUCCCCUGGGAGAUGUAGUUUUCUCUUCCACCCUGAAAGCCUCCUUACCCGGCAGUGCCUAUGCCCGCGAACGCGGCAGCUCAGCAGAGCCAGGCAGUUCCCAGCCUACAGCCCCCCGGCGCUAGCCACGCGUUGCCCAUCGGGCAGGGACAAGACUGGGCACUGGGCAGAGCCUACUGGGUGGGGUGGGGAAGACUACAAGCCCCAUGAUGCAAGAGGCCGUGCGCGCCGGCGCAGACGGGCGCGCCCUGGAGUAGGGGGUGGGGCGCGCGGCAGAGAGCAGCGCCCGGGCGGGCACUGCCGAGUGCGCUAACCUAGGAGCGACCAUGCCCCGGGACAACAUGGCCUCCCUGAUCCAGCGGGUGGCCAAACAGGCCCGCAUCACCUUCCGGGGCCCGGCGCCGGGGCCGGGCUUCGGUGAGAACCUGCACCGGCUGCAGCAGCUGCUGAACGAGGUGCGGGCCGAGGACCUGCACCUUGUCCCGCGGGGCCCGGCGGCCGUGCCGGGGGCGGGCUGCUCGCGGGCCGGGGCCGGCGCCGGGGCCGGGGCGGUGCCGCCGGUGAGCUACAUGCACAUCUGCGAGACGGAGAGCUUCAGCAUGGGCGUGUUCCUGCUGCGGAGUGGGGCCUGCAUCCCGCUGCACGACCACCCGGGCAUGAACGGCAUGCUCAAGGUGCUCUACGGCAGCCUGCGCAUCGCCUGCCUGGACCCGCUGCCCCCCGCCGCGCCGCCCGGCGCCCGCCGCCGCGCCCUGCUCCGCUCGCGCCAGCUCUGCACGCCCGCCUCGCCGCCCUGCCUGCUCUCUCCGCACACCGACAACCUGCACCAGAUCGACGCCGUGGACGGGCCGGCCGCCUUCCUCGACAUCCUGGCGCCCCCCUACGACCCUGAGAACGGCCGGGACUGCCACUACUACCGCCUGCUGGAGGCGUCCGCCGGCCCCGCCGCCGAUCCCCACGCCCUGCCCCGGGAGGUGUGGCUGGUGGAGACCCCGCAGGCGGCGGAUUUCUGGUGUGGCGGAGAGCCCUACCCCGGGCCCAAGGUCUCCCCUUGAAGCAGGCGCGGCCCCUCUCACGGUGAGGCUGCGCCAGAGCCCUCUGAGGACGGACCGCUUCCCCCUCCCUCGACUACUUCUUCCCCGGCAGUGAUCGUGUGGGGCCCGCUGGAGUAGGGGGCCCCUCC